UUAAUUGGAGUGCGCUAGUUUGUCAGUUCAAAGGUCAACAAGAUGGCUACAGGGAAUAAGAGACCCUCUACUGACAGCGAGGAAGGUCCUCCUCUCAAGAAACAAGCUCUGUUCAUACCCACACUCGAUAUAGGACCAGUCACUUGUGAAGAAGAUCUGGACAAUAAAGUAUUAAAGGUUCAGAAUCGUAAGCUUGGUGAACGGCUGAGAGAACGAAAUCGUUUGCACGUCGAACUUGAGCAAAAAAUUGAAUCGUUAACCAAGAAACAUGAAAAUGACUCGAGGCUAGUGAUUAGUCUCCGCCGAAUGCUCUCAUUGCUACGCGACCAACUCUGUGUACUGUGCGCUCCUCUUGAGAGCCCUGGGAAGAAACUGACCAAUCAGAUGAUAGCGGAUAUAGGGGAAUCCCCCACUGCCUUGGAGGAGGUGUUUCAGUGUCUCAACGAUAGUGUGUAUCAGUUGGGGGAGGCGAUCUCAAAAGGGGUGGAGCUUAAAGAGGGCGUUGAUGUGAUGAGUGUGUUGAGGGAGCUACAGGAGCGGGACAGCGAGAGAGGUAACCAUGACGAUGAGUUAGCGGCACUUGAGACCAAAAUGGAAGAACUGAACACAUCGCUAGCAGACGCACGGUUUGAUCUUGUGAAGAGCCAAUCACGUUGUGAGCAAUUGGAGCUCCAAUUAACAAACACAAUGAGCGAGCUAACCAGACGACCUUUGCGCUCUGUGGAGCCGGAGGAGAAGCCACAGGAAGACGAUGCUAGCAGAGCUGCCAGCGAAACCAAGUCCAUCAGUGAGGGGACUCCAAGUGAAGAGACUGAGAGGCUAAUGGACGAACUCUCUGAACUGCGUGAUUUGGCCGAAUCUCGAUUGGCUGAAAUAACUGCACUGUCUAGACAAGUGGUUGUCCUUAAUGUGGAGAAGGAGGCAGUAAGUGAGGAAAAGAAGAAGCCGCCCACUAAGGAAGCCAUACUAGAGUCGGCUGUGUAUAAAGGACUACAGACUCAGUACAGUGUGGCCGCCCACGAGAUCAAUCAGCUAAAAACAUGUUUUGACGAGGCUAAGCAACUGCUGAUGUCAGCAAAACAACAACACUUUAUGUGCCUGGAGGAGAUCAGAGGGGAGGAGCUCAAGUAUCAGGGGGUGGUCCGAGAUGAGAUGACUCAACUAGAGACUGCGCUAUUAACCACACAGAGGGACUAUGAACUACUCAAGGUAGAUUACGAGCGUAUCAUAGCGUCCAAUGAGCAGGCAGGGCCGCGGGCACGAGAGUUACAAGUCACGGUGGACUCAUUACAGAAGACUGUGCUUCAAGUUAAGGCUGAAGCUAAUCGUUAUAAGUCACGAGCACAUAAAGCAGAGCAAGAGUUACAUACAACCAAGGCACACGAGGCUAAAGCACCUGAAGCUGCACCCCCUGCCGAGACGCCCGCCCCCCAGGAGGGGUCUGUGGGGGGCGACGGAGAGGCGCUGCGUAAACUAAAAGAAGAGAAGACUUUAUUAGAGACAGAAUUAGUUAGUCUUCGAGCGGCCAGUGGAAGCGAUGUAAGGGAGAAGGCGGAGAUCAUCGCUAAUGAGCGCAAAUAUAAAAAUCAGGUGGAGGAACUAAAGAAAAGGUUUGAAGAAUAUCGGAAAGAUUAUGAGAAGAGAAAGGAGCAUAUUCGCGAGGAAGCUGGUCGCCGUUCUAAGUCUCUAUCCGAAGACAAUCGCCAUCUCCAGAAGGAACUAAGUGCUAAGAAACACGAGGCUCAAGCUCUCAUCAGUGAGAUGGACUGCACAGCUCAAGCCUUUGAGGACAUGCAGGAGCAGAAUAUACGAUUAUUGGAGCAGAUCAAGGAGAAAGAUGAUGCCAAUUUCAAGCUAAUGUCUGAGAGGAUCAAGUCCAAUAGUGUGCACAAGUUAUUGCUGCAAGAGAAAGCUCUCAUGACCAACCAACUCACUUCCCUCAGCACAGAGACACAGAGACUGAAUGAGAUGGUACUAACACUGCAGGACAAAGAGAAGAAUGUUGAGCACAGCACUGGAGCUCUUGAGAAAGAGAUCUCUAUCAAAAACCAAGCACUUGAACACCACAAGAGAAAGGCACAAGAGAGUAUACAGACCUCCCAGGAGACUGCUCUGGGGGUACAGGAACAGUUGAGGGGGUUGGAGAGUGUGAGGGGGGCACUGACUGGUAAACAAGACGAACUGGAGGCUGCUACUCAGAACAGCAGGAAACUGGCGGAGGAGAUAGGAACACUCAAGCGCAGGCUAGAGAAGUACAAGUCUCGUGAAUGGGCCACUUCCAGCGAUGAAGUCCUCCUAGAGGAGAUACGCACUUACAAGGCCAAGCUCAACUGCCCAUGCUGUAGCACUCGCAAGAAGGACACAGUACUCACUAAGUGUUUCCAUGUCUUCUGCUCAGAGUGUAUCAAAAGCCGUUACGAUUCAAGACUCAGAAAAUGCCCGAAAUGUGGAGCUGCUUUCGGAGCUAAUGAUUUCCACAAGAUCUACUUGUCCUAAGAACACAAAACUCUCUGACUGACUAUUUUCUAUUGUGUAAUUAUUAUUAAGCUCGUAUAUCCUCAUUGUUGUAAUACUCCAGUUAUAAGAGUUCACAUAAUUAGCAUAA